AUGGCACAGGCACAAGAUGUUAUAUUGUGCCAGUACUGCGAGGAGACAGCUGCUUCUUCCUUCUGUGUUCCUUGUGGAGACGAGAUUUGCCCACGAUGCAAACCUUUUCAUCUAAAAAGCAAAGUUCCGUCAGGACAUAAUGUUAUUCCUAUAUCAGGAAGAACAGAUCCAUGCAACACGAUAAAGAUGUGUGAAAUCCAUGGGACAAAACCCUAUGAAGUUUGUUGUGAAGAAUGUGAACUGCCACUGUGUAUUCUUUGUGUUGAAGAAUCGCAUGGAAAACAUUCUAUUGGAAAAUUAAAAGAUCUUUAUGAGAAACAAAAGGACACCAUGCUAGGAGAGCUAUCACAGAUAACACAAGAGUUUAUACCACUGGUUAUUGAAAACCUGGAAGACAUGAAAUCAAAUAAAUUAGAGGUAAAGCAAAGACAUGCAAACAUGCGGGAAAAAAUGAAGGAACAUGCUGAUCAAGCCAUUGCUUUAAUUACCUCUACAUUAAAUGAUAAAAUUAAAGAAUCAUUAAAGGAGGAGAAAAAGGAGGAGGACAUAAUAUUGCAGCAUGAAGGAAAUUUGGAAAUUUUUCUUCAACAGCUUCAUGAGGUCAUUCAGAAAUAUGAGAAUCUUACAAAUAUUGACCAUCCAGCUAAUCUUAUAAUGUACCGAAAACAAAAUCCUGAUGUCAAGCUGAAAAUAAUAUUACCUUCCAAGCUAGAGCUAACACCUUCCUCUUUUACACCAGGACAAUUAGUGAACAUAAAUCAAUUUGGAAGAGUUAUUACCUCAAAGAUAAAUUACUAUUCAAUGAAUACAAAGAAGGUAUUCUCUCCUCCAAAGAGAAAUAGUUCAACCAAAAAGGUGAAAACCAGAUAUGUUAGUAAAAAAAAGAAUGCUUUCACAAAAAAUAUAUCAAACCUUGGUUUAUAUUAUAACACUUUGUUGCCGAAACCAAAAAAAGUGUAUGAAAUAAAUCUACAUUGUACAGGCAAUACAUUAUAUGACAUUUCAUGUGUUGAUGAUAAAAAGGCAUAUAUCUACGGUGGUGAUUAUAGAAUUCUUUUGAUAGACAUUUCAGGGAAUCGACUGGCUGAAGUUCAUACAAUAACGGAACCAUCUGACUUGGCUGUGAUGAAUGACGAAACUGUAAUUUAUUCUGGAAAGAAAAGUAGACGCAUUUUCAGGGUGUCUCCCUGUAAUGAGACGACUGAAUUUACAGACACUGAAUAUGAACCUAGCGGACUUUGUUGUACGAAAUCCGGGGAUGUUCUUGUUUGUAUGGGCCACAAGAGUACGGCUAAAAUUGUUCGGUACAACAGCAGAGGAGAAAAGAUAGACGAGAUCCAAUAUGAUAUGUAUGGAAAUAAACUUUAUGACGAACCUCGCUUUGUUUCUGAAAAUGUGAAUGGAGACAUCUGCGUAAUUGAUUGGACGUUUCCAGAUAUAACGAAAGUAGUGGAUGAGCAUGGGUUUCUUCGAUGGACGUAUGACGGUAAUAUAAAAAUCAACCAAUUUGUUUCGUUUACCCCUCGAGGUAUCGCAACCGAUAGUUUGGGCCAUGUGCUCAUCUCAGAUAUUUUCAACAGUGCCGUCCACUUGAUAAAUCAAGAUGGACACUUCAUCUCUUGCAUUUUGAAACAGAUUAAUGGAAUAUUAAGACCCUGUUGCAUCGCCGUUGAUAAGUCUGAUAAUAUGUGGGUGGCUGAAAAAGAAGAUACCAGUAUCAAAGUAUUCAAGUAUCUUUCCUAA